AUGCAGCUCAAAGAAAUCGAUCAAAUAAUUUCAGCCGAAAUUCCAGACCCAUUAAUUGAUCAAGAAUUAUUUGAUAUUGUCACCAAACACAUGAUCCAUGGGCCAUGCGGUGCUUUCAACAUGACGUCACCGUGCAUGGAACAUGGAAAAUGUAAAAAAAAGUUCCCAAAGCCGCAUACGAAUGACACGAUCACGGAUAUUGAUGGUUAUCCAAUGUAUCGCCGCAGAAGUACUGAGAAUGGUGGCCACACAUUUACAAUGCGACUGCCGAACUUUCCAAAUCAAGUUGAGUUUGAUAAUCAUGAACCAUUACUGACAGCAGAACAAAAAAUUAUUUAUGAUCGGAUUAUGCUGGCUGUUGCUGCUGAACAAGGCGGUUUUUUUUUCUUGGAUGCACCCGGUGGAACCGGUAAGACAUUUUUAAUAUCGUUGAUUCUUGCCAAAAUACGGUCGCAACAAAAAAUCGCAUUAGCAGUAGCAUCGUCAGGCAUUGCGGCUACUUUACUGGAUGGUGGGCGAACAGCACAUUCAACAUUCAAGCUGCCAUUGGACGUUCAUAAUAAACCAGAUGCAAUGUGUAACAUCAAAAAGAAUAGUGGAAUAGCUGCAGUGUUGCGGAAGAUUUCUAUAAUAAUUUGGGAUGAGUGCACAAUGGCACACAAAUAUUCACUUGAAGCAUUAAACAGAACUAUGCAAGAUUUAAACAGCAACAAUAAACUUUUCGGUGGUGCUAUCUUACUUUUGUCUGGUGACUUCCGGCAGACCUUACCGGUUAUAACUCGCUCUACUUUCGCGGAUGAGAUUAAUGCAUGUUUGAAACAAUCAUUCUUAUGGCGAAGUGUUGAAACACUUCGAUUGACCAUAAAUAUGCGAGUACAAUUGCAAAAUGAUCCAUCAGCACAAAUAUUUUCCGAACAACUACUAGAUAUUGGGAACGAUAUCCCUGGAAUGCCACCACAUAAUCUUCGAUUAAAGAUUGGUUCCCCUAUUAUUCUCCUCCGUAAUUUGAAUCCACCUCAAUUAUGUAACGGUACGCGUUUGGUCAUCAAAAAGAUCACCGGAAACAUUCUUGAAGCAACCAUUUUGGCUGGGAAGUUUAAAGGAAAAGUGGUCCUGCUGCCACGUAUUCCGGUGAUACCAUCAGAUUCUACCAUACCCUUCAAAAGGCUACAGUUUCCAAUUCGUUUAGCUUUCGCCAUGUCUAUAAAUAAAUCUCAAGGUCAAACAAUGUCCAUUUGUGGUUUAGAUUUGGAAAAUCCAUGUUUUUCUCAUGGGCAACUAUAUGUUGCGUGUUCACGUGUUGGGAAACCGUGGAAUCUAUUUGUGUUAGCUAAAGACAGGUUAACCAAAAACAUUGUGCACCGAUUGGUGUUACAUUAA